GACACUCAUGGUUUGGAUACAUAAUAUUAGUUUGUAAAAUCUUGUGGUACACUUUGCUACGACUGCUUCGGUAUCCUUUGUAGCAGUGCUCAGUCCUGACUCAAGUUUCUUCCAAAUUGAAGAAAGAUGGCCACCAUCACUGCCAGCACCACCACUACAUCAUCACUCGUCCGUGCAGCUCUUGUACACAAGCCAUUAGUUGGAGUCUCAUGCUCACCUGUUCUUGGCUUGCCAGCAAUGGCAAAGAAGGGAAGAGUGAGCUGUUCCAUGGAGGGAAAGCCAAGCGUCUUUUUUAUUUUAUUUUAUUUAUGGUUCCAGGCUUGCCAGCAAUGGCAAAGAAGGGAAGAGUGAGCUGUUCCAUGGAGGGAAAGCCAAGCGUGGAGGAAAAAUGCAAGGGAAUGAGUGCAUCUUUGAUGGCAGCUGUGUGCGCUGCAUCCAUGUCAAGCCCAGCCUUGGCUCUGGUGGAUGAGAGAAUGUCCACUGAAGGAACAGGACUGCCCUUUGGUUUGAGUAACAACCUUCUUGUUUGGAUCCUGUUGGGUGUUUUUGCUCUCAUCUGGGCUCUCUACUUUACCUACACAGCCACCCUCGAGGAGGAUGAGGAAUCAGGAUUGUCCCUCUAAAGCCGAACUCGUUUCAUUAUUGACAAGGAAUGUAAAAACAAUGCAAAACGUUUGGCUUUUUUCUACCUUGUACCAAAACUUCCAUAAUUUAUCUAUGCAAUUUAUGUGUUGCCUUGCUUCUUAA